GGUCACACAUUUAUUUUGCGAGGCUAUGCAGAUGCAGAUUAUGCAGGGGAUUUAGACGACAGGAAGUCUACAUCCGGCUAUUGCUUUUUCCUUGGUGAUGGAGUGCUAACUUGGAGCAGCAAGUGGCAAGCUGUGACAGCCUUGUCGACAACUGAAGCGGAGUAUCUAGCUUUGACAGGGGCAGCACAAGAGGCAAACAUCGAGAAGUGCUUGGAGUAUGCGACCUGUCCUCGCAGUGGGCGGCAAUGGUCACGCUGGUGAUAAAGAUCCAGAGUGUUAGAGCCACGUGGCGUAUAGCCACCUGGUUGAGUCGCAUUCCUUCAGUUUAGGGCUUUCUUAGUUUUCUUUCCCAUCCUGUGUGAGAUCCAUCCCAGGGGAUUGUUCUGGGAGUGUUCUCAUUCUCUAUAGAGCGCUAGGUUGUGAGGGCUGGCUUCUCUCAUCACAUACACACAGAGAGAGAGAGAGAGAGAGAGAGAGAGAGAGAGAGAGAGAAGGGGGGCUCGUUCUGGAUCCACAUUUGGAGUGAUCGCCUCUUUUGCCGCUACUCCUGGCAUGAUCAAUUAGAAAAAAAAAAUCUCUCCCUCACUGAAUCAAUGAUAGUGAGCAAAGAAUUGGAGCCUUCCUCUUUCUCCCUUGGGAUUUUUCCUUUCUUAAAUUCCAGCGAUUGCUCAAUCCUCCUUGAUCCAUUCCACUCAAUCCUGGGAAUUCAAUGCUCCUAGCGCUCGCGAUGCUCAGACAUUUAUCCCCAAUACUCGUCACAAUCUCCAUCCUCGUUUUCCUCCCAAUCGCUCUGGGCGGAGCUUCUUCCCGGAUUCACGGUUUCGCGGAGGAGACAGAGAUCCCGGUGUGGCCCAAGCCCCACUCAAUCCUUGCCAGGGGCUCGGGGUCCCUGGCAUUGGCCGAGAAUUUCACGCUGCGCUCGUCGCUGGACUCGAUCGCGUCGCUGAGCAGCGCAUUCGCUUGAGGCGCUCAGCGUUCGAAUCUCAUCCCCGGACGAAACAGUGAGUCAAAAUCGAAAAUAUCCCUCCCUCCAUAGCCAGGGUUUUUAUAUUUUGCGCCAUGGGCGCUCGCGCGAGCUGCGCCGAGCUCGAUCGAGGUGCUGGGGAUGCUCCAAAUCGGCGCUGGGGAUCUGCUCUUGUCAACUUGCUAGCUGUUUUGAUCUCGUCCUGGAGUUUUCUUCUGGAACUGAGCAUCAGCAACAACACCCUGUUCCUGCAUUUGCGUAAACAGCUUGGAAGCCACCUCUGGAUUGCCGAUCUCGAAACGUCCGAGGAUCAUAGAAGUCCACGAGGUGACAUUCCUGUGAGGCAUUUCUUGGAAGAGCUGCCAAGCCUCCCCAGCCCCCCACCGCACUUGAAAUACAAGUCGAUCAAAAUAUUCUCCAGCAAGAUCGAUGGAGAAAGCGCUGAGCUGCCGACCUCUGCCGAAGAUCGUAGUGAAUCCUCUUCCUGCUCCCAAUAUCUCUCGAUCUGGCGAUGCAAUGUUUCAGUGCUGCAACAGUGGCUGCCAUGCCCAGCACCUGGCUGCUGCGCCACUGCGAAUCAUAUGCUUGCAGCGCAUUGCCGUGUCCCUCGCAAGCGCAACAUCAUAUUCACGGCCACGAAUUUCUUUUUAAAAAAAGCUAAGAACUUUUCAUUUCAAAGUUAGAGUAAUUUUGGAUAAGAGUGUAAUUGGGAGAGGCAAGUGUGGUGUGGAAAGGUUUUUUGCAAUUUAGUUUGUUGAAAGCUCAACCAA